AUGCCUCGCAACUACGUACCAAAACCAGGUGCUAAACGCUACAAAAAAUACGAUGAUCAAGUAAUAAAACAAGCCCUAGACGAGAUAGAUUUGACCAAAAAUAGCCUAAGUGCUGUAGCUGAAAAAUAUAACAUAGCAAAAUCGGUACUAUGCCGUCAUAAAAACCGAGAAAUGAAACCUCACGGUAGGCCAACAGCACUAACCAAAGAUGAAGAGCUAUAUUUAGUAGAACAUUUAAAUACUUGCGGCGAUUGGGGUUACCCAUUAGAUACAACAGACCUUAGAUAUAUAAUAAAAAUGUAUCUAGACUCAAUGAAUAUUAGGCACAAAAUAUUCAAAAAUAACAUGCCUGGUAUAGACUAUGUUAAUGGGUUCAUGAAAAGACAUGCAAAUAAAUUGUCCAAAAGAAUAUGUCAGAAUAUUAAAAGAGCUAGGGCGGCAGUGUCUUCAGACAUAAUAAAAGAAUAUUUUGGCGAAUUGGCAAAGUCUUUGGAGAAUGUUCCGACCCAAAAUAUAAUCAAUUAUGAUGAGACGAACCUGACAGAUGAUCCUGGUCGCAAGAAGGUGAUAGUAAGACGAGGAUGCAAGUAUCCAGAGCGUGUAGUCAAUCACUCUAAAGGGUCAAUAUCUUUGAUGAUGUCAGCCACAGCAGAUGGUAUUUUCCUGCCGCCUUAUGUCGUCUAUAAGGCAGCUCAUUUAUAUGAUUCAUGGACGACGAGGGGGCCUCAUAAUGCAAGAUUUAACCGGUCUUCAUCCGGUUGGUUCGAUGGUGAUAUUUUUGAAGAUUGGGUUAAAACAAUAGUUAUACCAUUUUGGGAAAAGAAAGAGGGUAAGAAAAUUUUGAUAGGAGACAAUUUGUCCUCACAUUUGUCUGUUGAUGUUAUAAAACUAUGCCAGGAAAAAGAUAUUCACUUUAUUUUUCUGCCCGCGAAUUCAACGCACCUUACACAGCCCCUAGACGUUGCAGUUUUUAGACCCAUGAAGAUAAUUUGGCGUCACUUAUUAAACAAGUGGAGAUAA